ACUCUGCCAGCUUCACUUGGGGCCCUGAAGUUCCUGCACUAUCUGGAUGUGAGCCAUAACAAGUUGACCUCUUUACCAGAGCCUCUCUACAUGCAGACGUGUGCCCUGACAAUCUUGAAUGCCUCCUACAAUGCCCUGAAUGUUCUGCCAAAUGCCAUUAGUAAAAUGAAGGUGAUGGAAGAUCUGGACCUGUCACAUAAUGAGAUAGAAACUUUACCCGAAGAAAUUACUGGACUGAAGUUUUUGGAGAGACUGGACCUCUCUUACAAUAACCUGUCGAACAUCGAUGUUCUUAUCAAACUGAAGGCCCUGGAAGAGUUGAGAGUGUCCAAUAACAAGAUUGAGAAACUGCCAAGAAACAUCCAUUAUCUAGAGAAUCUCAUUAUCCUGGAUGUAGCAAAUAACAGCCUGAAAGUUUUUCCCAGGAGAAUCAACAGGAUUUCUUCCCUCAAAGAUAUUUACGCCGCAAACAAUGAGAUUGAGUUUAUUGAUGGUGCGCUUGGCAGAAGGCAAAUUCUGCGAACAUUGGACUUGCAAAACAACAAAGUGACUAAGAUUCCGGAUGAUUUGAGGUUGAUACAAACGCUGGAAGUGUUCCGUCUCGGCAACAACAAGGUGUCCACUCUGCCGUCAACAAUGGACUAUUUGGAACAUAUCUGUGAACUGGACUUUGAGAACAACAAGCUGACAGAAGGCUAUUUACCAGAGACUAUAGAGAUCUUCAAUGUUGGAGACAAUCCAAUUAGCAUCGAUGGUCCAAAGUCCAUUAUAACAAGCUUGUCCAAAAAGGAACAUGCAAAAAGAAUAACCAGUUUGAACUUAAACAGUAUUAUACUGCAUGGGUUUCCAGACAGCAUUUUGCAUCUGAAAUUCCUACACACGCUCAAGAUUGCCAAAUGUAAGAUUGCAACUCUUCCGGAUGCAUUGUUUAAAAAAUGCAGAAAUCUCAGGAUUAUCGAUGCAAACAGAAAUGACAUCUCAGAGAUUCCGGCUUUUAUAGAUCUGCUACAUCACCUGGAGUUCCUAGACCUGUCAAGGAAUUCCCUCAGUUCUCUUCCUUUCAAUAUUGUCAAGUGCGCCAACAUGAAACACCUAGACCUCUCAUUUAACUUCCUCACGGAACUGCCUGAGCACUUCAAGAGAAUGAAUCAUUUGACCUUCCUCAACCUGAGAAAUAACCAGAUCAAAAAGUUUCCUGAAGAGCGCAUAGACGUCCUCGGUUCCCUUCUGCUGCUGGAUCUGCAUACUAAUUUUCUGAUGGACAUUUCAGAAGAUAUGGCCUGCUUGUACAGGCUGCAGACCCUGAACAUCGCAUGCAACCACCUGAAGGCGCUUCCUGAAGACAUCCACAUGAUGAUCAACCUCAGGGAGCUGGACGUGCAUGACAACCUCAUCUCUGCCCUUCCGGAAGGCAUCAAAAUGCUCAGCAAGAUUGUGAAAAUGGACAUCAGUGACAACAGGAUUCGGCACUUCCCAGAUAGAUUUGAUGAUUAUUGUAACACACGAAAGGUGGAAAAAGGCUCCCAGUCACUGUUCAAGAAAACUGAUGACGAGAUGGAGCCAGAGGAAAGCCUUCCGUAG